AACACUCGGAAACCUCGAGGCUGCCUCGAGGUGACGCGUUGAAGAGGUCCUACCCUCUUCGCAGAACAGGUCGAAUUUGGCCUUGCACUUCAAAAGGAACCACAAUCUACUGCGAGAUGGGCCGUGAAUCUACUAGUGGCAGAUUACCGGUGUUCCCCCCAACUCGCUUAAGACCCUACUCUACUACGUUGUUCUCUCCCUCCUUGCCUUCCUUGCACUCGUCAUGCCCGCUCAACGGACUACGCGCCGAUCCCGUCGGCUGUCCCGACGUUCGCCAAUAAAUCUCGCGGACUAUGGCGUCUACGAAGAUUCCCCUGUUGCAGAUCACAAUAUUCCGUCUCUUCACGGGGGUAGUAGUAGCAGCAGUAUUGCUAUGCCCAUUCCAAUCCCACUUCCACCGUCACUCCCGAUGUUCACAGCUAAUACAUCCGACGAUGUCCCCUCUUCUUCACCCUCGCCUACUAUCGCCACACACCUCCCAUUUACCCCUGGUUCGUCUCAUACCAGGAACCGCAGGAAGGGUCAUAUCCCUCGUCCCCCAAAUGCCUUCAUGGUUUUCCGCUCCUGGUUGUGGAACAAGGACAACCUCAAAAAUGUCGAAAGAGAUAACCGCAACGUUUCUCGUAUUGCAGGACGCCUCUGGAACGACCUCUCCGAGGAGCAGCGUGCUCCUUUCCGGAAAAUGGCUGGAGAAGCCAAGGUGCGCCAUGCACAGCUCUACCCCGAGUACAAAUAUACCCCGACUUUCCGCAAGCCCAACAAGUCCUCUCAGCGUCUUCCCAAGCGUCGUCGCGAGGGAUCGACGAAGAAGACCCGCAUUACCGUACCGGUGGUACCUCAAGUCAACUUCCAGGUCCCACCAAUGGCGCCUAGUUCUCAAACCGCCGCAAUUAAUAUCAAGCAAGAAACGCCCCCUCUGUCAGACUUCCGUACCCCAGAUCUGGUAUGGCCACUUGAAGAACCAGAAGAGUUCGUCCCCACCGAGGAUAUACCUCUUCUUUCACUAGACGACUGCUGCGUCAUGACUCUCAAGAUGCCCGAAGAUUGCCCACUGCCGCGGUACGUAGACCCCGCAGUUGAUAGCGCUCUUUGCGGUGUAAAACCAGAAGCCGCACUUUUCGUCGACGAAUGCAUGCUCACUGCCUUCAAUUCGUAUUCCCCGCUGCCUUCGACGUCUCUUUUCGCCCCCUUCGAACAAUCCCAGUCGUCUACCUACGAUGGCUUUUCCUGGGGAUCCUCUUCCCCUACACGCUCUCCGAUCAUGUUCUCAAAUCCGUUCGAAUAUUCAUCAGACGAGAAGUCCUUUUCACUACAGACCCUUGAUCAACUCUUCGACCAGUCCAUAUCGCCCAUCACUCUCAUCCCCCCUCACAUUAACCACUGGUAAACGAGAUGAAGCUAAUUUUCUCACUGGCUGGAUCCCUUGAGCGCAAUUGAACUUUUCUUCCAUUCCCCAUUCUUUUGUACUACGCAU